AUGGCGACUGAAUUUAUCGGCUACGAUGUGCUUGUGACGCUGCGAGCGCCACCAAAUGCAACUGUGCAGGGAGAAGUGGCUAAUGUCAUCGGCCAACGUCUCAUGCUCCGAAAUGUGAAACUUUCCUGGAUCGGACACCCGCUCCCUACGUAUUCAAUUGAAGCGCCCGACAUCGCGGAUCUUUCUUUGGGAUCUUCGACUCCGCGCAUCUCACAGCGUCCGCCUCCGCCUCAGGGAUCUCAAAAUAUAGCCCCCGCACCUCCGCCUCCAAGUUUAUCGCAAAGCUUCGUAGACCCGGCGAUUCUAAGCUUUUCGAAGCCCCCUUCUGCGCCAUCUGGCCAGGGUGCAGACUCGGGUCCGGUACAGCUUCCAGCCCCUUCCAUUAGCCGGUCCACUUCACAAAACUUUCAAUUUCCGCAAGUGGCUCAUCGUGACCAAGCUGCUGUGCUCAACGAACCGUUCAGUAACCUGGAACUUGAUGUUGGAAAGACCGCGAAUGAGAGUCGCAGCGCCGUGCCAACCGGCCCUGUCCCCGCUGGAAGGGAGAACAUUGUUUCAUCGCAACCAACUCCGCAGUCCGCCGCGAAAGCUAGUCGUCGCACUGGACAACCGAGAACCCCAAAGGCAGUCAAUGAACACGAUGGGGCGACGAACACGGACCCAAGAAGCAAAGGCUGGCGUCAGACUGCUUUCGUCGAGCCGUCUUAUCCGCAGAUGAACAAGUCGCUCAAUAAACAACGCCGGAAGAAGAGGAACAACAGAUCGAAUUAUGUGGAGGACCCUAAUGGCUGGGCUACAGAGGAUGCGACGGAUAUCCAGGAGAUGGGCGAGUUCGACUUCCAGAGCAACCUUUCCAAAUUCGACAAGAGGAAGGUGUUUGAAGAAAUUCGUAACGAUGACACUACUGCCGAUGAAGACCGGCUGGUUAGCUUUAACAGGAAAGUACCAAAGCCUGGAACAAAUGGCGGGAAGAAUCUGCAUUGGACGGAAAAUGUCCUUGACAGCCCUGAGGAGACUGAGAGCGAGGAUACCGACCAGGUACCCAGCGAUGCAAAACUAAGCAGCGGCACCUAUUCUGGCCGGGAACGGUCGAGGACGUCCCGCGCACCGAACUCUCGCAAAGGAAGCGCCAUUUUGGGCCAGCCGUUGGUGCCACCGCAGAUCAAUUCGCUCGGGCGCAGUCAGCUGAGCACAUCUCGCACAACCAGCCCUCGACCCAAUAAGACAUCCGUUUCAGCAUCCCCGAUAAGCGCCCCUGGUGUACCUGGAGGCUCAUUGCGGCUCACCACAACCAAUCGAAGCUGCCCAACUGUCAGUCCAUUGCAAACCCUCGAGGUUGAGCAGAUUGCAGUUGCCGAACUGGGGCUGACCGAAGACAUGAUUACGGAAAAUACGGGACGUGGUAUCGCGGAAGCUGCUGUUGGACUCCUUACCAGCGACGCCGCUGCGCCCACGAUGCUGGUGCUCACAGGCAAUCAUCGAACCGGGGCACGUGCCGUCUCUGCGGCUCGCCAUCUCCGUAAUCGAGGCCACCGCGUGACUGUCUGUAUGCUAGGCAUCGAGCACGACAAUGAGUUGCUAGAAAGUUGUCGGAAACAGCUGGAUGUCUUCAAGAAGAUUGGCGGCCGAGUACACCGGUGGGAAGACUUAUCGACCCGGCUCUCUACAUCGGAAUUCGCGCCCGACUUGGUUGUUGACGCCUUGUUCGGAAUUCACAUAGCAUUUGAUGACCUUCGCACGGAUGACCAGGCCACUGCCUUUGAGAUGAUAUCUUGGGCCAACCGGAGCAACCUGGAGAUUUUGUCCGUGGACGUGCCUUCGGGGCUGUCUGCUAUGAGUGGCGAAGUUACUACAGUAGAAGGCGGCCGGCUAUGCGUCAAUUCGAAAUCGGUGGUCUGUCUCGGGGCUCCCAAAACUGGGGUUGUCACUGCGCUACUCUCCGGGGAGGGACUAUCAUGGAAUCUCUCUGUGGCCGACAUUGGCAUUCCUCAGAUAGUCUGGAGAAAAUAUGGUAGUCGGCGGCGGCAUGGGAUCGACUUUGGGAACCGGUGGGUGGUACCAUUACGCUACCAGCCCCCUCCCCCAUACAUUGGGGCGUUACUGAAAGACAGGAAAUAUCCCACUAUCAAUGCGUGGCUUAGUGGUGGAAAAGGCAUGAUUUAUUGUCACGAUGGCGCCUUUAUCACACACUCUGAAUGGGCGUCGGAGGAUGCAUUCUCUGCUAGCGCUGGAGCCGGCGUGGGCAGAGCGAAGCGAGGAGGAGUAGAUACGGCCUUCAAGCGCCUUCCCUUCAACUUCUGCUCCCUUUCACUACAGCCGUUUUCGCACCCGGUUUGCACACCGUCGGGCACCAUCUUCGAUCUCACCAACAUUCUCCCCUGGAUCAAGAAACAUGGAACGAAUCCAGUGAACGGCGCGCCGCUCAAAAGCUCCGAUCUCAUUAAGCUGCAUCUCGCGAAGAACGAAUCUGACGAAUAUGUCGAUCCGGUUACAUACAAGGUUUUCACGGACAACACGCACAUUGUCGCGCUACGCAACACGGGGAAUGUUUUCGCUUGGGAUACGGUCGAACGGUUGAACAUCAAGGGAAAGCUGUGGCGUGAUCUGGUUACGGACGAGGAGUUCACUCGCAAGGACAUCAUUACGUUGCAGGACCCGCAGAACGUCGAGUCGCGGAACUUGAGCUCUUUCAGCUACCUCAAGGAAGGCGAAAGUGGAUUGACGGAUGAGCAGAUCCGGGAACGGGAGGAUCCUUCGAACAAUGUGAACGUCAACGCGCUGGGCAGUUCGGCCAAGAUCCUGAAGGCCAAGGAAGCUGUGGCCAAGGCACGCGCGGAAAGAUCGCAACGUGUUGGUUCUGCGGCCACUUCGAAAGAUUUGGCUAAAUCUGGAAGUGCGGGAAAUGCGGCGCAAUCUCAAAAGACGGCGUCGUUUCAAUCUGGCAAGGCUGUGCCGUAUAAUGCGGCCAAACACACUACUGGUUUGGCCGCCGCCUCACUCACCAGUACGGGGAUGACGCCCCACACCUCUGCCGAGCUUGCGCUUUUGUCCGACGAGGAGUACAUGCUGAAGAGAGGGCGAGUGAAGCAAAAGGGCUACGCUCGUAUCUCGACCAACGUCGGGGAUGUAAAUUUGGAAUUACAUACGGAAUACGCACCGAAGGCCGUGUGGAACUUCAUCAAGCUGGCAAAGAAGGGCUACUAUAGAGAUGUCGCUUUCCAUCGCAACAUCAAGGGGUUCAUGAUUCAGGGUGGUGAUCCCUCUGGUACUGGACGGGGAGGUGAAAGUAUUUGGGGGAAGUACUUCAACGAUGAGUUCGAAGGCCCACUGAAGCACGACUCCCGGGGUACCCUCAGUAUGGCCAACAAGGGCAAAAACACGAACAGCAGUCAAUUCUUUAUUGCUUAUCGUGCCUUGCCCCAUCUCAACAACAAGCACACCAUCUUCGGUCAUGUCAUUGAUGACCCCACGCCCUCCUCCACGACCUUGAACAACCUUGAAGUGCACCCGACAAAUCCGACUACUAACCGACCUACUCCGGACAUCCGCAUUACCGAUGUGACGGUGUUUGUGGAUCCGUUUGAAGAGUUCUUGAAGCAGAAACAAACAGAGGAGGCCAAGGCGAAGGGCCAGAUUGUUAACCCCGAGGAAGAAGAGCAGAAUGCGCGCCGCGCCGAAGAUGACCGGAUGACCUGGACGGGAAAAAGAGUCCGUGGCGCAGGAAGCGGAGCGAAAGACGAAGGCUCUGGCGGGGUAGGCAAGUACCUGAAAGCCGCGCUGGCCGAGAGGGCUGGGCAGGAGGAGGAUGAGAUUGUGGAAUUUGUAGAUGAUGAGCCCGAACCCGAGCCAAUGCGGAAGAAAUUCAAGGGCGGAGGCGGGUUUGGGGAUUUUAGUUCAUGGGAUUAG